UAUUCUAUAUAAACUUGACUUAAAAUUUUAUUGAAUAAAUAUUUGUUUACUUGCAUAAAUUUUAUUGAAUAAUGGUUCUAUGAAUUAUUCAAAGUUUUCUAUAUAUAGAAUGUGUUCAUCCAAGCACUAACAUAGUCUAGUCCAGCCUGAAACAAAUACAUGGGUGAUAUCCGAGUCCUCUCUACGGAUACAAUCAAGGCAGCAAAAUCCAGUGAUACAAGAAUCAAUUUGACUCCAUGGGAUCUCCAACAUCUACAUGCUCCAUCUAACAAAAAAGGCCUUCUUUAUCACCAUCCAUUAGUAGCAAAUCAAAUCCAACAUCUAAAACACUCUCUAUCCUAUGUCCUUGAAUUUUUCCAACCUCUUGCAGGUCGUCUCAACAUAACAGAACACAAAGACAAUAUUAUCUCGUGUUCUGUUAUUUGCAACAAUGCAGGUGUACUCUUUAAUCAUGCCGCGGUGGAAAAUAUUUGUGUUGCUGACAUCCUAGAGCCCAUCUACGUUCCUUCAAUUGUCAGUUUAUUUUUUCCUUUUAUCGGAGUUAGUAACCAUGAAGGCACAUCACAACCAUUGUUGGCUAUUCAAGUUACGGAGCUAGUUGAUGGCAUCUUUAUUGGUUGCACAGUCAACCAUGUGGUUGUUGAUGGAAAUUCCUUAUGGCAUUUCAUUAAUUCAUGGGCUGAAAUUUCACGUGGUUCUUGUCAUCGUCGUAUAUCCAAACUUCCAAUACUAGAACGUUGGUUUCCUAAUGAUAUCCAACAUCCCAUACAAUUUCCUUUUACUAUAGAGCCACAAAAGAAUCACUCUGAUGGACGGAGUUCUUCACCAUCUAAUGAUGAAGAACUCAAUAUAUCAGAGAGAUUAUUUCAUUUCAAAAAGGAGAAAAUCUUGCAACUAAAAUCAAAAGUCAAUACACAUAUCGAUAAUACCAUCAAAAUAUCCUCCUUACAAGCGCUUUUAACUCAUGUUUGGUGCUCCUUCGUUCGUUCCAAACAAUUUGAUUCACAGGAAGAAAUUCAUAACAUGUUUUUGAUAGGGGUUAGACCAAGAUUACUUCCACCAUUGGAAGAAGGUUAUUUUGGAAAUGCAAUUAUAGGUUGCAUGGUUACCAUGAAAGCUGGAGAGUUGUUAAAAGAAGGUGGUGUUUGUAAUGGUGCUUGGGAGAUGAACAAGUUAAUUGCUUCACACUCUAAUGAGAAGAUAAAGAAUCACUACGAAUCUUGGUUGAAAAGUCCAAUUAUUUUUAGGUUUAACAGUAGACCGAAUAAUAAUUUCUUAAUCAUGAGCAGUUCUCCUCGGUUUGAUGUUUAUGGUAAUGAUUUUGGAUGGGGAAAGCCAGUGGCAGUUCGGAGUUCAAAUAAAUCAAAUGGAAUUGUUAGUGUGUUUCCAGGAAUAGAAGAAGGAAGUAUUGAUCUUCAAAUCCGUCUUCCUUACAAUAUUUUAGAGGCAAUGGAAAAUGACCUCACUUCAUGUGAAGGUUGUGUCCAAUUGAUGCAAAGUUAUGAUUUAUAACUUUUAUGAAUAUAAGUUUUAGAUAUUUUUAAGAAAAAGAAAUAAAGGAAAGUGUGUUUCACAUUUUGUUAAUUUGGUGAGUUUGGUUACUAUUAUUCUGUGCACGAAGUUGUACUUGAAUUAUUCUAAAGCAUGGUAAGUGCUCAAUUAUUGGUAUAAGUUGGUAUGUACUGAACUAGCAUAUGAUGGUAUGUGUUAAACUAAACCAAACAUGUUGUGUUGAUAUGAA